AUGAAAGAGAAGGUAAACCUGUAUCCAGCUAGAGUUUUAAGUCUGGUACUCUGUGUCUGCAUGUUAACGACAAUCCUAGGAUGUAUAUUUGGCCUGAAGCCUAGCUGUUCAAAAGAUGUGAAAACCUGCAAAGGUCGUUGCUUUGAAAGGACCUUUGGAAGCUGCCGUUGUGAUAGAGAUUGUGUCAAGCUUGGAAACUGCUGCUUAGAUUACCAGGAAGCGUGUAUACAACCAGCCCACAUAUGGACCUGCAAUAAAUUCAGGUGUGGAGAGAAGAGGCGACCAGAAUAUCAUUGCUCCUGUUCAGAUGACUGCGUGGACAAUAAAGAUUGCUGUGUCAAUUAUCACGCUGUUUGUAAAGGAGAGGCAAGCUGGGUUGAAGAAGAGUGUGAGGACAUUACUGAACCUCAGUGUCCGAAAGGAUUUACCGAGUCUCCGGUGUUACUGUUGUCAUUGGAUGGCUUCAGAGCAGAAUAUCUGCAGACUUGGGGUGGACUUCUACCUGUUAUUAGCAAAUUGCGGAAAUGUGGAACAUACACUUCCAAUAUGAGACCAGUGUAUCCUUCAAAAACCUUUCCCAAUCAUUACUCCAUCGUCACAGGCCUGUAUCCUGAAUCUCAUGGUGUAAUUGAUAACAAGAUGUAUGACCCCAAAAGAAACGCAUCCUUCACACUUAAAAGUGAAGAGAAGUUUAAUCCACAGUGGUACCAAGGACAGCCUAUUUGGCUAACAGCUAUAUACCAAGGUCUGAAAGCAGGUACGUUCUUUUGGCCUGGGUCAGAUGUAGCAGUUAAUGGAACCUUUCCAAACCUGUAUGAAGAAUACAAUAGCUCAGUCCCCUUUGAAGAAAGGGUGGUAACUGUUCUUCGCUGGCUGCAGUUACCUGAAGACAAAAGACCACACUUUUACACUCUGUAUUUAGAAGAGCCAGAUUCCUCAGGCCAUCAGUUUGGACCAGUAAGCAGCGGAGUCAUUAUGGCAUUGCAGAGAGUGGACAACAUAGUAGGGAUGCUGAUGGAUGGUCUCAAGCAAAUGAACUUGCAUAAAUGCCUGAACAUUAUUUUUGUAUCAGAUCAUGGGAUGGAAGCAGGGAGCUGCAGAAAAACAGCAUAUCUGAACAGCUAUUUGGACAGUGUUGAAGAUUUCAUAGUAGUACCUGGUCCUGCAGCUCGCAUAAGACCUAAUAAUGUUCCAGAUGAGUAUUUCUCUUUUAAUUAUGAAGGUAUUGUCAGAAACCUCACAUGCAUAGAACCAAAUCAACCUUUCAAAGCUUAUAUGAAACAGCUGCUGCCCAAGCGUUUCCAUUAUUCCUAUAAUGACCGGAUUGAACCAUUGCACUUUUAUUUAGACUCUCAAUGGCAGCUUGCUAGGAAACCGCUGGAGAUUAAAAGCUGCACAGGUGGAUUCCAUGGCUCAGACAAUCGCUUCCCCAGUAUGCAGGCUAUCUUUAUUGGUUUUGGACCAGGAUUCAAGUCUUGUACUCAAGUUGAUCCAUUUGAAAACAUUGAAGUAUAUAAUUUAAUGUGUGAUUUGCUUGAUUUGAAACCAGCCCCAAACAACGGAACUCAUGGAUGCCUAAACCAUCUUUUGAGGAACCCUGUUUACACCCCGCACCAUCCCAAAGAAGCAAGCCAUCCUUCUGAAUGCUCUGUGGUGGGACAGAGAGCCUUUUCGGUGAGCCUUGGCUGCUCCUGCAGGACAGCGGGCUUGCCAAUAAGGGAUUUCCAUCAGCGUUUAAAUCUCACUGAAACAGAAGUUAAGAAGACAGAGAAGCUUACUUUGCCCUACGGACGGCCCAGGGUUCUGCAGAAGAGACUUAAUUACUGCCUCCUUUACCAUUACCGCUAUGUCAGUGGAUACAGCAAGGACUACAGGAUGUCUCUGUGGAGUGCGUACACUGUUAACGCAGAUGACAAAUGGGUUUCUACUACAGAAGAUACCUCCAGCUGUUUACACAAGGAUGUUCGUAUUUCUUUUAAUCAUAACCAGACAUGUUUCUUUUACAACAAUCAUCCUCGCCUAACUUAUGGAUUCCUUUCUCCUCCAAAUUUUAUGACAGAUGCAAAGAAACCUCACUAUGAUGCCUUGCUUACCAGCAAUAUUGUGCCAAUGUAUCCUGCGUUUAAAGUGUUAUGGAACUACUUCCAUCAAUACCUGCUACCAGAAUAUGCUGCAGCCAGGAACGGUGUCAAUGUAGUCAGUGGUCCUGUGUUUGAUUAUGAUUCCGAUGGGCUCUAUGAUACCCCAGAAAAGGUGAAAAGACAUCCCAGUAACUCAGAAAUUCCAGUUCCAACUCAUUUCUUCGUUGUGCUGACUAGUUGUAAAAAUACUUCUGAAACUCCUCUGGAGUGUGAAGGGUCUCUAGAUGCCUUGUCUUUCAUCGUACCUCACAGAGAAGACAACAGUGAAAGCUGUGCAGAUGGCAAGUCUGAGUCCAUGUGGGUUGAAGAGAGAAUGAAGUUUCAUACAGCUCGGGUCAGAGAUAUAGAAUUACUUACUGGACUCAGCUUCUAUCAAGACAGAAAACAGCCAGCAGCUGAGAUUUUACAGUUAAAAACAUAUCUACCAACUUUUGAAAUGAUCUGAUUUUUCCUAUGGAAUGUUGUUGUCCGUUUCACAACUGAUUUGUAAAUAGACUGUUUUUAAUUAAUGAAAACUUUUGUUUAAAAUAAGCUGGAACAUUUAUUGAGAACUCUUGACCAAAACGCCAGUAGGGAGGAGAGUGGGUGCCAUAUUUGUAUCUCAGGGACUGCUGAUGGACUAUGUAUAUAACACAGGAUGGCAGCUCCUGUCAUUCCCACUUGAAUGUGGUAGAACCAUGUCCAUUAUUAAAUGCCAAUAGCAUUUGAUCAUCAUAGUCUGAGACACGAACAGAAAUGUUACCUUUUAUAUGCACUGGAGAGGGAGAAGUUUAUAAAGCAUGGUUAUGAUCAAU